ACAUGUUUAAUGUUCAACUUCUGAUAUAGUGAGUCUUUUAAGUGGACAAAACAAAGAACUAUAUGUUCCACCUGUGAUAUGGUGUGUGUUUUAAAUGGAGAACACAAGGAGCAACAUUAGUAUGAGUCGCAACUCCAAGAUGGCCACAGUAGGGGAACAACUUCAAAUCAGCAACCACACGAUAGACAAGGUGACACGCGCCAAGGUGACGCUUGAAAACUACUACUCCAAUCUCAUAUCACAACAUGAGGAACGAGAAACAAGAUACCAGAAAUUGGAAGAGUCAAUGGAAGAGGACGGUCUUAAUGAUGAACAGAAAUCCCAAAAACGACAGCAACAUGCAGUGAAAGAGACCGAAUUCCUUCGUCUGAAGCGAUCGAGACUAGGGGUCGAAGAUUUUGAGCCGCUCAAGGUCAUCGGCAAGGGAGCCUUUGGAGAGGUUCGGCUGGUACAGAAGAGAGAUACGGGUCACAUAUAUGCCAUGAAAAUACUCAGAAAAGCAGACAUGCUAGAAAAAGAACAGGUAGCACACGUGCGGGCAGAGCGAGAUGUCCUAGUAGAAGCUGACCACGAAUGGGUGGUGAAGAUGUAUUACUCGUUCCAAGACAAUGUCAACCUAUACCUCAUCAUGGAGUUUCUUCCAGGAGGUGACAUGAUGACACUGCUGAUGAAGAAGGACACUUUGACUGAAGAGCAGACACAAUUCUACAUCGCGGAGUCCAUCCUUGCAAUCGAUUCCAUCCAUAACCUCGGCUUCAUACACAGGGAUAUCAAGCCAGAUAACCUGCUGUUAGAUUCUCGGGGCCAUAUAAAGCUGUCAGAUUUCGGCCUGUGUACCGGGCUGAAGAAGUCUCACAGAACAGAGUUUUAUAAAGAUCUCCAUCACGGGAAAACCGGUGACUUUAAUUUAAAUCCUAUGGAUUCUAAAAGAAGAAUGGAAAGUUGGAAGAAAAAUAGAAGAGCUUUGGCAUAUUCCACAGUGGGCACCCCAGACUACAUAGCGCCGGAAGUGUUCAUGCAGACUGGUUACUCAAGUUCCUGUGAUUGGUGGUCACUAGGCGUCAUCAUGUAUGAAAUGUUAAUAGGUUAUCCCCCUUUCUGUUCCGAAAACCCCCAGGAAACCUACAAGAAAGUUAUGAACUGGAUGGAGACGCUCAUUUUCCCGCCAGAAAUUCCAAUCUCUACAGAAGCCAAAGAUCUCAUACAAAAGCUAUGUUGUGAUCCAGAGCAUCGUCUCAGCUCACGGGAGCAGAUUCAAGCCCAAUCAUUUUUCCGGGGCUGCGACUGGGAGCAUAUACGUGACCGCCCAGCUGCCAUUCCCGUCGACAUCAAGAGCAUAGAUGACACAUCAAACUUUGACGAGUUUCCUGAUGUGGACCUUAAGUGGCCAACACAUAUUCAGAAAGUGGACAUUACUAAAGAUCAGGCAAACAACAAGGACUGGGUGUUUAUAAACUACACAUACAAACGCUUCGAGGGCCUCCCAAAAUCAUGGCGGGAUAAGAGUUAGCCCCCUUGAUCGAAUCAAGGGAGAUAAUCCUUCAGGACUUUGUAUUGUGAUACAGUGACAAACUGUCACAUUCAUCCUGUGACCUAGCUUACACACUGAGGCUUUUUAGCAUUUAUUUGUGUGCUCAGUGUUUAACUGUUUGCCGUCUGCUGGGUGUCAAACUAUGGGGAUAAAGUGACGAUGAUUUUAUUCUUCCGGGACACGUGUGGUUUCUCAUGGGACUUGUGAACAAAUACAUGUACCCAAGCCAUACUUCAAAGAGACAUCCCAAAGCUUCGUGUUUGAUUUAUGGAUUUAUAGCAUGAUUUUGUUUUGUUUGGUUGCGACUGGUAUUUCUUUAAAAUAAAAGGAGUGGUUAUCGCAACCGCCUUUUGAUUUCGUAUAUGAAAAUCGUAGUGAAAAUUGGAAAGUGCUUUUAAACAUUUACACAGCAAUGUGAAGUGCUUGACUAAAAGUUCCAUAGAUUUGAUCGAGUUUUUUUUUGCGUUUUUUUAAAGCAAACAGAACUAAGAUACAACUUCUAAAUAAAGUUUUUUGCAAGAGUGAGUAUAAUUAAAAAAAAUAUUACUGGAACUAUCUUUCCAAAGAACUCAUUGUCAUGAACUAUUUUUCAUUUUAAUCAGUCAUAAUUAUCAUAUUAUUUACAUAACUUGCUUCAUUGAAUUGUAACUAAAUUUUGAUGCAAACUCACUUUUUCAUGACAAUUUGUUAGCUUAGUGAAAUGUUUGACGAUCUGGAAAAAAGGCAAGACAAUUGAAACAAGUUUUUAAAGGAAAUGCAGUUAAAUAGUUUAGCUGUCAAGUCAUAACUUUAGGGCAAUUGUUGAGAUAUUUGUGCUUAAUACAUUAAUGAGUUAAACUAUAAGCAUCUGGUUCUUAAAGCUAUGUUCAAUAUUAUAUAAGCAAAUUUUAAUUUAUGUUUUUUUUUAUGAAUGAAAAUUGCUUUUUCACUAUAUCUUGUAUACUUAAGUAUUGAUGUUUCGAGGCGUUUUUUUAAGGAUUUGAAAUCAUGAGAGUGAUAUUGGCAACGGUGUAAAGCGGCUUGCUUCAUGAGCACUAGCAAUAUAACAUAUCAAUUCCUUAUAUUUUUCACAUUCAUUCACUAUUUAUUAUGUUCAUUUUUCAGUUUUUUUUUCAUUUGUAGGCAUAAAAUGAUGUUUGCCCUGUGUAUUUUUAGUAUAGCUUUAGUUUUUUAACUCCUUUUUUGUGCGUUAUUCUGUAUAAUCAUAUUCUCUGUACUCUUUUGUCCAUCAGCAGCCAAUUGUAUAAAAACUGAUUAAUUCUUUGGUUUGGUUAAAGGUAGUCAAACUGUUUAUUGAUUGGUUCAAAAUUAUUCAAUAAUACAGUUGACCAAUCAAAAUUGCUUGCGUGUGCAAACUAAGCAAAACUUAAAAAGAUAAGUUAUCCAGUUUUAUACAAUUGGCCGAGGUAGCAAUCUAUUACUUAUCCGAUAUUCUUUUUCAUGACAAUAUUUCUUCAUAAUCAAUGAAGAUAUUAACAUUAGUUUCUGCAGUAUGCGGGGAAUGGCAAUGUGUUUGUUUACAUGUAUAGCUCUUUUAAAGUAAGUAGAUAAUGGGGGAUGGUACCAUUUCAAUGAAACAGAGGAAGUAAUAAUUGGGUUAUAUCAUGCAGACGUCACAGACUGUAUAGUGUUAAACUUGUAUUGCUAUGAUAAUUGACCCUCUGUUAGUUUAUACUCAUUUCUGUUUAGCUCGAUUGUGACAAAAGCUGAUAGCUUAUAGAAUCACGUCAAGAGUCUGUUUCCUGGGUAGAAUCCAAUAUUGUUGUCUUUUGUGCGAGGCCAUGAGAAAGACCCCUGGUGGGGAUUCCAACCAACAACCUCUUGGGUGAACGAUUGUCAGCUGCAUAUUGAUCCACUGUACAGUUUGCUGUUUACAAACACUUAUCAGAUAAGUCUUAAGCAAAAUAAGGGGGUUUGAAUGAUGAUAACCUUAAAAAGCAUACUGCUGACUUAUAUUUCAUCUUAUUGUCGAGCAUACCGAUCCCGUAUCUCGGGUAGACUAAGCCUCACUGUUAUCCAGGGACUGAAUUUGUGCCUACUAUUUCUAUCUACACAUUUUAUGUCUUGUACGACUAACUACUGGUGUGUUCAAGGUACACAAUCUACUAGGUAGGAACUAUGAAGGUUCAGGAUGAUUAAGAUUUUGCUUUCGGUAGUAUGAUUACAAUAUUUCAAGGUAUAAGGAAGUAUUGUUACUAGGGGUCAUCAUUAACAGUGUUAACCUGUUAAUUUACCAACAAAGGGUAGUCUUUCGACAUUGACAUUGAAAUGUUCCAUAAUUUAAUCGAUUUGGUUCCAAACUUUGUGAAAAGUUGUUAGGACCAUAUAUUCUAAAACAGGGAUCCUUUGGAAGUAAAACAACACAUGAACUGGCUCAAGAAUGAAGAUAGCAGUCUGUGUUUUAUUAACACCAUUCAUUGGCUGUAAUGUAAAAUGCAACACUGUCAUCGUCCUUAACACAAGAUCCUGGUGCAUAAAUCAGAGCCUGGCUGUGUCUGGUCACAUGUCGAAGGUUUUCAGAGAUGGUCCAAGUAACCCACUGCUAUGUACAACCAUGUGCUAUUAGUAAGUGAAGAAAUAUAAUCACAGUCUUUUACAGUCAAAAGUUAUUGGCUCGACAUUGCUUGGCUCGGUUUCCUCGUUGGCUCAAACUGGAUGUUUAGGACCGAUUUUGUUUGACUCUUUGUAAGCGUUCCCUGCUUGGCUUGAUAUUAAAAGCAUUUUAGCCGGUCCUUGGAUAAUCGAGCCAACAGAUUUUGACUAUUUGUCAAUGCAAUGGUCAAAUGACAACCAGCAUCAUAUUAAUUGCAAGGAUAAUGUCAGUAUUUUCACAAACAAGUAUACAUGUAUAUUGUCUUUCCCAAGUUCCGUGCUGUCGAUAGAAACAAUUCAGCUGUUCUAACUGCAUGAAGAGUUCAACGCAUUACUGUUGUAAAUGCAUGUUAGUUAUUGCAGUGUUGCAUUUAGCGAACAAACUGUUAAUUUUGUUCUUACCAGUCAAGGUUUUAGUCAUUUUGAAUGUGUCUUUCAUGUGGUGAACUUUUUCAUAUCAAUUAUGUUUGUUGUUUGCCAAAGUUGUAUGUAUUGGAGCAGUAGCGUCCAUAUUUUCCUUUAAACAUUUUGGAACCCGGGAGUUACAAAUUUAUUUGCCCUAGAUAUAUCCGCAUAUAAAAGCAAGGCCCACAACUCAGUCUUUCAUAGUUGUGAGUGAUCCCGCUUGUUGGACUAAAAAAGCAGACAGAGGAUCGUCCGCGUACAUCCCAUGGGUCUCUUGUUAUAGAUGAUGGAUAACAGAGGAGUAUUUAAUUGCUUGUAUUUAUUGAUUGUGCGCUAUAGAAGAUAGAUGUCCUAUUCUAUCCUUUGGUGACUUGUUAGGAGUUGGAUAAUAUAUAUUUAAAAAAAACAUUCCAUAAGAACCAAUGUUGUUUGUGUGGGAAGUUAUGAGUAUAUACUUUUCCCUUCUGUACAUUGUUAGUAAUGAUCCUUAGUGAUUUGCAUGGCUGCCUAGUUCUACCUACUUGUCAUUGGUGUAAAUCAUUGUUUUAUGACUGUGUUUCUAGCAUUUGGAAAAAAAGGGGGAAAAACUUUCAAUAUAAUGUUUUAGCAGUGGGAACAUUUCUUAAAACAUGAUUUAGUUGUUAUUGAUCUUUAAAUACAAAUGUACUAAGUUGAUUAAAAUAUGUGUUUUCCUUACAGAUUAGAAUUUCUGUCAAACAUAUUUUCUAUGUUGUAAGUCAGACAAUUAUUAGGGAUUUUUAGAGCAUGGAUAAGCUAAAACUUUGUGACAAGCAACUAAGGAAUUAGUUCUUGUUUAUGACGUUAUGUUACAUUAUUUUGUUUGAUAGACAAUUGUAGUGGCUUUCAAUGUUUACUGUGUAAACAUGACGUUUCUGUGCUAAUUAUGUGUGAAGAUUGGGUUAUGUGGAUUUCUAGGUCAAGGUCAAGCUUUGAGGUCAAGUUCAAACAAUUGAUGUGAAAAGAGUGAAAAGAUCUCCCCAAGUCUACAAAAGAGACCGUUAACUUGUGAUAGAAUGCUAGUGUGUUAUCAUGAAUGACUCCCCUUUGAUAUGAUAACUGUGUAUAAUGAUGGGCAUGUGUCGUGCCAUGAUAUAUUUAAUCGUUGACCAUUUUAUUGUUAUAUGAUUUGAUUGAACACAAACACAAAACAUCUGUUGAUUAAAUUGUUAAAAUUUU